AUGGACGUGGCUCAGGCGGUGGCCGGUUAUGUAUCUCGCAUGAUCUCUUCCGGCGACUCUCUGUCGUCGGGACAGUCGGCUAAGAUGAAGGUUCUGCUACUGGACCGGGAAACAGUCCCAAUCGUGUCCACCGCCAUCACACAGUCCGCUCUUCUCAACCACGAAGUCUAUCUCAUCGACCGCAUCGAUAAUGCCAACAGAGAAAAGAUGCGUCAUCUCCGAUGCUUAUGUCUUCUACGGCCGUCACCAGACUCAAUUCAAUUGCUCAUCGAUGAACUACGGGAGCCCAAGUACGGCGAGUAUCAUUUGUACUUCACCAACGUCGUGAAGAAGUCCUCUCUCGAGAGAUUGGCCGAGGCAGACGACCACGAGGUAGUCAAGGUGGUUCAAGAGCACUUUGCCGAUUUCAUCGUCGUUAAUCCAGACCUCUUCUCGCUUGGGCUCAGCCUGCCUCACCAACGCGUUUGGGGCGGUGGUCCAGACACUUGGAACCCCGACGCUCUUCAGAGAAGUGCGGACGGGCUAGUCGCUGUGCUUUUGGCACUGAAGAAGAAGCCUCUGAUCAGAUACGCCAGAAACAGCCCCCUCACUAGGAAGCUGGCGACAGAAGUGCGAUAUCGCAUUACCCAGGAAGAGCAGCUGUUUGACUUCAGAAAGGUGGACACACCUCCCAUCCUGCUGAUUCUUGACCGUCGCGAGGAUCCGGUGACGCCGCUGCUCACCCAGUGGACAUAUCAAGCCAUGGUACAUCAUCUUCUCGGCAUCAACAACGGCAGAGUUGAUCUCAGCGACGUUCCCGAUAUCCGACCUGAGCUCAAGGAGAUUGUCUUAUCGCAAGACCAAGAUCCUUUCUUCAAGAAGAACAUGUAUCUCAACUUUGGCGACCUAGGCGGAAACAUCAAAGAUUAUGUGGAACAGUAUCAGUCCAAAACUCAGAAUAACGCAAACAUCGAGUCCAUCACGGAUAUGAAGCGCUUCAUCGAGGAAUACCCGGAGUUUCGCAAGCUCUCUGGAAACGUCAGUAAGCACGUCACCUUGGUCUCGGAGCUGAGCAGGCGAGUCGGCGCAGAAAAUCUUCUCGAAGUCAGUGAGCUUGAACAAAGUUUGGCAUGCCAAGACAACCACGCAGCCGACGUCAAGAACAUUCAAAAACUCAUACAGUCUCCCAGCGUGACGACCGACAGCAAAGUGGCCCUCGUCGCCUUGUAUGCUUUGCGUUACGAGCGCAACCCUUCUAACUCUCUUCCCACGCUUAUCGACCUCCUGGUGGCUGCCGGCGGCGUUUCUUCUCAAGCCCAAACAGGCAUUACAGACAUCUUCGAAUCCGCAGGAAUCUUCGGAGCCGCCGGCAACCGCUUCAAGGGGCUCAAAGGCGUGGAAAAUGUCUACACCCAGCACAGUCCUCUGCUGGAGAGCACUCUGCAAAAUCUGAUUCGGGGUCGACUUAAGGAACAGCAAUACCCUUUUGUAGAGAACGGCGGGACUACUCGGGACAAACCGCAAGACAUAGUUGUUUUUAUGGUCGGAGGUGCCACGUAUGAGGAGGCGAAGAUGAUCGCGACGAUCAAUGCCAGCACACCCGGUGUUCGUUUGGUUCUCGGCGGCACAACCAUCCAUAACGCAGCAACAUAUCUCGAGGAGGUUGAAGAUGUUGUCUCAUCAUGGCCUGAUGCCCCGAAGCCGGCCGCCAGGCGAUAG